AUGAGAGUAAAUUCGUUGUUUGGUUUACUAUUAUUUUUCCUCGCGAGAACUAUCAGUUCUGAAAGUUUUCAAGAUAGUAUCGUCGACCAUCAUAAUAAAAUCCCAGAAAGAGAUUACGAUUUGAGAGACUAUUUCACAGUGGAGUUGCAAAAUGAAUGCCAAUUGCGCCAGUUCAUUGACAACUUUCCAGAUUUUAAUUUUGAACACGAAUUUAGAGGGUUAGAUAACCAUUACGUGUUUUCCACUUUGAAGUCUUUUAACCAGAUACCAGAGAAUGCAAUUCAUGGAAUAAAUGAUCAGCUACACGGAUCAAAUCAUGACGCAUUGACUAUUGAGAAGAGACUGGCCAGCAGUAUUCAUAAGAGAUUGGCGUCUGACCUAAGUGUCAAGGCAUUACAUUUGUUAGAACCAAGAAAAUUAGAGAAAAGAGCCCCUAUACCACAGAGCUAUGAUUCAUCAAUGGAACCUGUGUUUGCCGCCAAGGAAAAAUACAAUAUUAAUGAUCCAGAAUUUAUAAAACAGUGGCAUAUUGUGAACCCUGUCUCCCCAAAUGAUGACGUGAACGUUACCGGAGUCUGGGAUCUCGGGAUCACUGGUAAAAAUAUCACUGUCGCCAUCAUAGAUGAUGGUUUGGACUUCACUUCCGACGAUUUGAGGGAUGCCUUCAAUAAAGAAGCGUCAUGGGAUUAUAACGCUAACCAAAACUUGCCAAUGCCAACGUUAGACGAUGAUUAUCAUGGUACGCGAUGUGCUGGCGAAAUCGCCGCCCAAAAAAACGAGUUUUGCGGGGUCGGGGUCGCCAUGGGGUCUAAAGUUUCUGGACUCAGAAUAUUGAGUGGGAAAAUCACUGCUGAGGAUGAGGCUGCUGCAUUGAUGUACCGUAAUGAUUUGAACGACAUUUAUUCGUGCUCUUGGGGUCCACCAGACGAUGGUGCUUCUAUGCAAGCUCCACCAUUAUUGGUACAGAAAUCCAUUGUCAAAAGCGUGUUGGAUGGUAGAGGAGGCAAGGGCUCUUUAUACGUUUUUGCUAGUGGGAAUGGUGGGUUCCGUGGAGAUAGUUGUAAUUUCGAUGGAUACACCAAUAGUAUUUACUCGAUUACCGUGGGCGCUAUUGAUUGGCAUGGCAAACAUCCUUCUUAUUCCGAGGCGUGUGCUGCGGUGUUAACGGUGACGUAUUCUUCAGGUUCAGGGGAACAUAUUCAUACCACCGAUAUCAAAGAGCAGUGUAGUGACCACCAUGGGGGUACAUCUGCUGCUGCUCCAUUGGCUGCUGGUAUCUAUGCCCUUGUUCUUGAAGCCAAUCCAGAUCUUACCUGGAGAGAUGUUCAAUAUAUCACCAUCCUAAGUGGGGUGGAAAUUAAUGAAGAUGAUGGUGAGUGGCAAGACUGUGCUGUUGGGAAGAGAUAUUCCCAUAAAUAUGGUUUUGGUAAGAUCGAUGCUUAUAAGAUGGUAGAAUUGGCCAAAACUUGGACGAAUGUCAAACCUCAAGCUUGGCAUUACUCUCAAAGAAAAAAGAGCAGCCUCAAGGUUAUUGGCGGUGGUGAUGCUGCUUUCAAUGACACCAUAAGUAUUGACGCUAAGGAUACACAAAAUUCUAACCUUGAAAAGUUGGAGCAUGUGACCGUCACUGUGGAUAUUGAUACCACUUCCAGAAGUCUGUUCAGUGCCAACUUAAUUUCUCCAAGUGGUAGAAAAUCGAGAUUAGCUAUUGCUAGACAAUUAGAUACAUCUUCAGAAGGGUUCAAGAAUUGGACAUUCAUGUCAGUGGCCCAUUGGGGAGAAGAUCCAGCUGGUGAAUGGACCCUUGAAUUAAUGAACCACGAUAAAAAUAAUGAUGUUACUCUCAAUAGCUGGAGACUUCAAUUAUUUGGACCAACUAUCGAUGCCACCAAAGCUAAAAGAUUCCCGCUACCGGGGGAUGAAGAAGAGCCUGAAGUACAAGAAGACGAAAAUAAGGAAGAAGAAAGCGGAAGUGACUCUGAAACCAAACCAGAAGGAACAGAGGCCGAUGUUUCUAACCCGGAAAAUGAACACUCCCACGACGAAGAUGAGGAUGGGAAAUUUAGACAUGAUACUACCAAACAUUAUGGUGAAUAUUUCUUCCUAUUAAUUGUCAUUGGGUUCUGUAUUUGCUUAUUCUAUCUUAAGGCGGUCAAUGGCAGAAGACCUCACCGUAGAAGAGCUGAAGAUUAUGAAUUUGAUAUCAUCAACCCAGAAUCUGACGAUGAAUCUAGAUAUAGUGCAACCAGUCCAAGAUUUGAUUAUGAUUCCGACAAUGCAUCAUUACUUAUAGACCAAGACCGUGAAAGUCAAGAAGUGGUCCACAAUGUUGAGGAUUUUGAAAUCGACAGUGGUGACGAAAAUGAUUACAUGAAUGGCCAAGAUAAAAAUAACCAGUCAUCAGAACCAAGUCAUAUUUAA